AGAAUUGACAUUCUCUCCACAACCCGUGCGAUUAAGAGAUUUCAAAAUAAUUCGGUACUCGGAAAGAGAGGAGCUCGGCUGCAUGCGGGACACGUGCCGUCGAGAGUUUUCGUUUUGUUUCGUUUCUUGAUCCCCGAGUGUCGUACUCGCGUACCGCACCAGUACGUCGUGUCGUCAGGAAGCAAUAGGAAGAAUGACGACCACGACGACGACGACGAACGAGAAGCCUGCCGCCACGCACUUGCAGAAAGCGUUGCCACCGUCUGGCACUGCGACGACGCUCGACAUGCCGGACGACGAGCCCCUCUUGGCAGUGCCGCCGCCGACGAUGACAACGACGCCGACGACGACGACCACGGCGACGGCGACGACGAUGAUGGCGUCGUCAGGCGCCAUCGAAAACAACAACAACAACAACAAGUUGCAGGGCCGCCUCCUGGCCGGCGUGGACGCCUUCACGCCGCCGCCGGGCUCGCCACGGUCCUGUGCCACCGUCGACCUGGCAUUCCACGACGUGUGUGUCAGUGUCGACAAGGUCCCGUUGCUGGCCAACAUCCGCGGCUUCGUCAGGCCAGGCGAGAUCCUGGCCGUCAUGGGUCCCUCAGGUGCUGGCAAGACGACGCUGCUGAACGUGUUGUCUGGUCGACUGAAGCCCGACAGCGGCUGUGUGAGCUUCAACGGAGAGGACUUGCAGAAGCGGCACAAGCGGAAAACGUGCUACGUGCUGCAGCACGACGUCUUCUUCCAGAACCUCACCCUGCGCCAAACCCUCUUGGGGUAG